AUGAGUUUUGAUAAGUAUUUUGCAGCUACAGAAUGUGCUUUUGCAGAUGAGCAUGAUGAGUUCUCAAAGCGAGUUAGGAAUAUAGGUAUGAAAUGGGAUGAACUCUCAUCUACUGACGAAGAAACUUGUAAUUUAGUCAAAGAACUUUCGCAACUCAAAUUAUUACUUCGACGAGGACAUCUACAGAUUCUUCGAACAAAAGAAGAAUGUAUCCAUAUGAAAUUAAGAAACGCACAACUUGCAUUUCAUGUUCGACAAUUACAAGCAGAAAUUCGACGCUUUUUACCAUAUACUUCAGUUAAAAACGAGCCAUCUACAGAGUACGUAUUGUCAAUUGAUAAAACAGAGAUCAUUGAAAAAGCAAAAAAGCAAGUUGCUGCAGAUGAUAAACUCAAUCAAGACAUAUCAGAUAUUCUCAAGCAAUGGCAUGAGAUAACCGAUCUACAGACCAAAGUUUUCAAUGAAGAAAGACAAAUUCAACAAGCAGAUUCACAACAAUUUAAAGUUUUUUCUAAUGAUUAUUACAAACAGAAUGAGAUGACACAUAAGCUUCUUGAUAAAGUACACUCAGAACUUCUUCAUAACUACUUAAUGGCCGAAAGAGCAAGUAAAUCUUUAUUAGCUAAUCGACAAUCGACCCAGAAAGGAAUUGAUACAAGAAUUACGUCACUCAGCCAUGAACUUGAAGGUUUAGGUGAUAAACUUGAGAGGAAACUUGCUGAAUCCAAAGUUAAAAUGGACAAAAAACUUGAAAUUAAUACAAAGUUGAUGAAAGAAGGAAUUAAACGCCAGGAAGCUUAUAAUGCAUCAGCAGCUAUUGAUGCAGCCAAGAUGCAGAAGCAAUUAAGUGAUGAUUUAUUCUAUUUCCAAGACAAAGUAGAAGAAUUGAAACGUAAAGAAAAGAAAAUUAAUAAUCAAAAGGAAUUUAACUUUGCAGAAGCAGAACAACUUAUUUCUAAACUUGAAUCAGAGUAUAAUGCAAUUAUUUCUGCAGCAGCUGCAGUUCCUUCUCUUGAUGCUGAACACCACAUUAACUUAAUCAAUAGCGUUGCUCAUGCAGUUAGUGAGCACGUCGAUAAAUCAAAGAGUUCAAGCAUGCUAGAUUCACAAGCAAAACAACUUGGAAGCGCAAUCAAAAAAUCACAUAAGAAAUAA